CGCCGCCGCUGCAGAGGUUGCACCGUGAGGCAACAGUCUGCGCCGCUGGUCAUGGUGAUUGGCCGAGGAGGCGGCGCCCCUUCCCCCGAGACCCUCUCCCGCUUAAUCGCUCGAGGAGAGACGCGUCCCGACUGAAAAUCCGUCGCUGUCUGUGCGUCCUACUGCCACGUCCUGACCACGCCGCUUCCGAAAUGGCCAAGGUACCCGGACAGUCAUCGGAGAAUAGUAUCGAGGGAUACUCGUAUGAACACAUCGAAAGUAUCGCAAACUUCCUGCUGAGCAAGACGGAGCACCGACCAACGAUAGGAAUCAUAUGCGGCUCUGGCUUGGGCUCCCUGGCUGACCUCAUCGGAGGCAGCAAGGAGUUUCAGUACAAGGACAUUCCAGAUUUCCCUGUUAGCACAGUUCCUGGUCACAGCGGAAAGCUUGUUUUAGGCAGCCUGGAAGGAAAGACGGUCAUUUGUAUGCAAGGACGAUUUCAUCCUUACGAAGGCUACCCACUAUGGAAGUGUGCAAUGCCAGUAAGGUUGAUGAAGCUGCUUGGAGUAAAAACUCUUAUUGUCACUAAUGCUGCUGGUGGGGUGAACCCAAAUUUCAAGGCUGGUGAUAUCAUGAUCAUUCGGGACCACAUAAACUUCCCCGGCCUCGGCGGCGACAAUCCUCUGAAAGGUCGCAACGACGAAAGGUGGGGACCUCGCUUUCCGGCCAUGAGCAAUGCCUAUGACAGGGACCUUCGGGAACUGGCGAAGAAAAUUGCCAACGAAGAGCUUUCGCUCUGGCCUUUCCUCCGUGAAGGUGUCUACUGUAUGCUUGGAGGACCAAACUUCGAGUCGGUUGCCGAGAUAAAUAUGCUCCGAGUGCUCGGUGCCGACGCUUGUGGCAUGAGCACGGCACACGAGGUCAUCGUGGCAAGACACUGUGGCCUCCGUGUAUUCGGCCUGUCGCUUAUCAGCAACGUGUGCAUAAGCAACUACGACACCAAGCAAGUGGCCAAUCACGAAGAGGUCCUCGAAACCGGCCAGAAACGCAAGAAGGACCUCGAGAAGCUCGUCAGGGCUCUCAUCAAGAAGAUGGAUGCUUGAAAUACUGCGCUGUUCCCGA